AUGGAUGAAUUUACCAAGUCGACUCAAGGUAAUCUCUCGGUGAUAGAAUAUGCACAAAAGUUUGAUCAAUUGGCGAAGUUUGCCAAGGAUCAUGUACCUAUUGACAAGGUACGAGCGGAGCGGUUUGUGAGAGGUCUGAAACCAAUGAUAGCUCGGGAUGUGGAGAUUAUUUCUAGAGGUGUUUUCACCUAUGCUGAAGUGGUGGAAAUGGCUCUUACAGCUGAAAGAAGUGAACCGAGAAUCUGGAAAGAUAUUGCUGCUAUAAGGGAUGCCAAGAAGAGUGGGGCAGCCACCUCUAAUGACAAUAGGAAAAGGGGACAUGACCAGCCAAGCCAAGCCGGAAAUGAUAAACGGCCCAAGCCCAACAAUGACAACCGUCCUGGUGGAAAUGGUACCGGAAACAUUCCACCUUGCCCUAAGUGCACAAAACGUCAUUUUGGUGAGUGCAUAGCUAGAGUUUGCUACAAAUAUGGGAAGGAAGGUCACAUAAAGCGCAAUUUUUCGACAUGGGAACAAUCUAGCAAUAAGGAAGAACAGAAGAAGGAUUAUAAGUACGUCCUAGCCAGAGUCUUCACCAUCACCCAAGCUAAAGUUGAGGCAAGCCCUUCCGCUGUAACAGGUCAGAUCCCUAUGGCCAAUAACACAUGUAAAGUUUUAUUUGAUUCUGGUGCAUCACACUCUUUUAUUUCUAGUAGAAUUGUAAAUGUUGUAAAUGCACCUAGUGAAUUAUUUAAUGUGGGGUUUGAGACUAUGUUACCUUCCGGGGAAAUUGUAAUAUCUAAAAAUUGGGUUAACACUGUACCUUUAUGGAUAGAUGGGAGGGAAUUGUAUGUAGACCUGAUUGUAUUAGAUAUAUCUGAUUUUGAUGUAAUUCUGGGGAUGGAUUUUCUUUCCACUCCUAUCAUAUCAGCGAUGAAAGCUAGAGAAAGGUUGCAACACAGAUGUUUGGGGUAUCUCAUGAAUAUGGUCAAUGAAACCAAAGAGACAGAAAGGAGACCUAGAGAGACAAGAGUUGUAGCUGAGUUCCUCGAUGUUUUUCCAGAAGAAAUGCCAGGUUUACCUCCGCACAGGGAGAUAGAAGUUGUGAUUGAUCUGAUGCCCGGAACAACACCAGUAUCUCGAGCACCAUACAGAAUGGCACCAGCAGAAUUGAAAGAGCUCAAAACUCAAUUGGAGGAAUUACUUAAGCUGGGGGUUUUCAAGGAGUACUUGGAUCGUUUUAUCAUUGUGUUCAUAGAUGAUAGAUUGGUCUACUCCAAGACAGAAGAAGAGCAUGAGGAUCAUUUACGUCUAACCUUGCAACGAUUGAGACAGCAACAGCUAUAUGCCAAAUACAAGAAGUUGAAAGUAUGGCCAAGACCAAAGAAUGUCUCAGAAGUCAGAAGUUAUCUGGGUUUGGCGGGCUAUUAUAGGAGGUUUGUUGAAGGGUUUUCAAAGAUAGCCGCAUCGAUGACAGAACUGACAAGAACGAAUCUGAAGUUCACCUGGUCAGAUAAAUGUGAGCAGAGCUUCCAAGAAUUGAAGAGUCGGCUUAUAUCAGCACCUGUACUCAGCUUACCCUCAGAGGAUGGGCAGUUUGUGGUUUACUAUGAUGCAUCAAAACAGGGGUUGGGAUGUGUACUAAUGCAGUCUGGUAAGGUGAUAGCCUUUGCCCCUAGGCAACUAAAAGAUUAUGAAAAGAGGUAUUUGACACACGGCUUGGAAUUAGCUGCGGUUGUCUUUGCACUGAAGAUUUGGCGUCACAAUCUCUAUGGGGUGAAAUGUGAGAUUUACACUGAUCACAAGAGCCUCAAAUACUUCUUCACCCAGAAGGAGUUAAAUAUGAGGUAG